CUAGCUGCUAGCUCAGCCUCCGGGGCUCCUGUUACCUUGACGGUUCGGUGCGACAGGUCGAACGUCUCGUGGUACCCGUGUUUGAUCCAGUCCAGCGAGUCCUUCAGCUCGGGCCUGGCGCUCCGCUUCGCCUCUUUGAUCCUCUUCUUACUCUUAUGGUUCAUUCCUCCUCUUGGCUUGUGGCGCUGGCUCAGUUAGCUAUGAAGCUAACCCGGGGCUACCACACAAUCACAUCCACUAGCCUGCGCUGGUCGCCGGUUCACCGCGCUGUGCUCACCCGCUCAGCUUCCACGAACCAGAGGAGCGGUUCAGCCGUUUCAAUCUGAUUAAACCUGUUUAACGCAGCAGAGAGAAGAGGACUCUUUAAUGAUACAGUGCUAACAGCAGCUAACAACAGCUAACAACAGCUAACAGUAGCUAACAGCAGCUAGCUGCCUGCACACACGAUGCUUCUGCUACUGACACGCCCAUGUGGCACAGUACACACCUGAUUGGCUAGGAAGACUAAGGAAGCAAAGCGUUGAUUGGUCUGAGGGUGGAAUGUGCCUUCCCGCCAGGCGUAUACUUCGAUUUGAUUGGCUGUUAAACUGCCGUCCUGUUAUAGGCUCGACGCUGAAACAGGAAACAGAAGAAGUGUCUGUUGCUGAUGUUUCUACAGGAUAAUGAGUCAGUAGUUCUCACUGAUCACCGACCGAGGAUGUGAUUGUUUCACACGGCGAUGGAGCGAUGGAUCCCACGGGAGCUAACGAAGUUAGCAUAGCUUAUAAAGUGUUCACGUUUGAAGACAACAGCGCAGAGUGUCUGUCAGUGUCUGUACCUGAGGUGCUGGACCCACAGUAUGGCAUGUACGUGUGGCCGUGUGCGGUGGUGCUGGCCCAGUUCCUGUGGAGCCACCGGGAGGAGCUGAAGGACCACACGGUGCUGGAGCUCGGGGCGGGUGUGAGUCUCCCCGGCGUGCUGGCUGCGAGGUGCGGUGCGAAGGUGCUGCUGUCGGACAGCGCCAGGACUCCGCUGUGUCUGGAGAACUGCAGGCGAAGCUGUGAAGCUAACCGCCUCCGUGAUGUGGUGGUGUUGGGUCUCACCUGGGGGGAGGUCUCCCCGGACCUCGUGCUGCUUCCUAAACUGGACAUCAUCCUGGGAUCAGACGUUUUCUACGAGCCUCGAGAUUUCGAAGAUGUUCUCGUGACUGUUGCUUUUCUUCUGAGGAAAAAUCCCAGAGCACAGUUCUGGACCACGUACCAAGAGAGAAGAUGGAACAUGAACUGUGUUGACAUCCAGUUGGAAAGCUUUGGUGCCGAUAAAUCUGAGCUGGCCGGAUCGACUCUGCCGGGCAGCCACAGUGUCCACAUGAUGAUCAUCACACUGAACACAAGGGAUUUGGACUGAAGAUGACAAAGUGUCUCCCAGAGGACGGUCCGGUGAAAUAACGAGAUGAUCGCCUCCCAGUAGAACAGAGUCACGUUUGGAUUUGCAGAUCACAUUUAAUAUGUUUGUCAAAAUGUGUUUUAAAAAUGAAUCCGGAUUAAAAUGUUUUGAAUCCCAA